AUGACGAAUCGUGACCCCGACUUUCGACAUCAGCUGGGCAAAUUUCGUCUCGAUCCGCUGCCAGUUCCCUCCCAUUCUCGUGCCCCUCCAACGAAUACAGCUACUCCUGCUGCGCCUUCAUACGCACUCUCGCCUUCCUUACAAACAUCCCUCCCGCCUCCGCUAUCCCAGCAGCGGCAGCAACAGCAACAGCAACAUGCACUCCCCCCACCACACAUACCUCGAUCACAAGCUUCGGUCUCCCCUGUUCCUCCACCUCGCAGCAAACGAGUCUCGACUGCCUGCGACUUCUGUCGCAAGAGAAAGAAGAAAUGUGAUUUCAGAUACCCCAAUUGUUCUGCCUGCACGCGCGCCGGCGUUCGUUGUACCAUCCCCCCACCGGGUCCUCAAGUCGCCGCAGCCUCCGUGCCCCGUGAUCAAUUGGAAACUUUACAGAACAGGGUCCGAUGGUUGGAGGAGGUCAUACGCCGCAAGACGGGUAUCUCGGUCGCGGAACGACCUACAGGGGCCCAAUUGGACGGGGAGGCCGAUCCGGACUGGUGGUAUCAGGUCCCCGCCAUGAUGAUGGCGCGCGAGGCUCCCACGCGCUCCAUCACCGCGACCACCACCCCUACAGCAGCGGCCGCAUCUAGCAGCGGUUCGCCGCCAAACUCUUCUACCGUGGGUACAGAGUUACCCAACGUGGGCGAGAUUUUCAGGGACCAGUUGGAACACCGCCGCCCUUCAGUUGCCCGAGCCGUUGCGUCUGCUCCCCGGGUGGUUCGGCUUCCCUCGUUGGAUGAAGCGGAGCGAGUCGCUUCCCAGUACUUCGAUAGCAUGGGCUAUCAGUACCCUUUCCUCAAUCGCACGGAGUUCUUCGCGAACAUGCGCCGCAUCUAUGCAGGCGAGGUUCCUGCUCCCGAAGUCCAUAACUCGUAUCACAUCACCAUUGCGACCGCCCUGUUGAUCGGAUCGGCUGACAGCUCCAAAGCUGUGGAAUUCUAUCAGGCUGGCGCUGAGACCCUCUCGACGGCGCUACAGAACGAAGACUUGGCGGCCGUGAGAGCUUUGUUGAGCAUGGCACUGUAUACUAUGUUCGCCACGAGUGGCCCGAGCGUAUGGCAUUUGCUGGGAACGGCUCUUCGCUUGGCUACCAGCUUAGGUUUACACAAAGCUCGACCCUUGGGAAAUCUGGUCGACGAGGAGAUGGCGAAACGAGCAUUCUGGAGUCUUUAUAACCUGGAUCGGCUGAUUGCAAGUACCCUUGGGCGGCCGUUAGGUAUUGCAGACGAGGACAUCUCAGUGGGUUUGCCGCGGGAGUUCAACGAUGACUGGUCUGAGGCCCCGGGGGCCAGCGCCAUGACCAUUCCUUUGCAGGUCGUGCGUCUCCGGCGGAUCUUCUCCUCUCUUUAUUCUUACUUGUACAAUAAUCAGCCCCCACCACCUCCAUCUGAGGUCUUAGUCACGCUUGGGCAUUUUCGUCAAGAGCUGGACGAAUGGCGUCGGGCUGCCCCAGUAUAUCCACCGGCAUUGCUCUACUCGACCAGCUAUUAUGACUACCUUUACGCGACUACUUUGCUUCUCAUGUACCGUCCAAGUCCACGAAACCCAACGCCCGAUGCGGCUAGCAUUGUAAGCUGCGGCGAUGCUAGUAUUCAGGUCCUCCGGUCGUAUUGGGACAGCUACUCGGCAGGAAAGCUUAAGUGGAUCUGGUUGACUCUCAGUCAGAUAUACUUUGCUGGGAUCACCAUCUUGUGGUGUUUGAAUCACAACCUGCAAACCGUCCGUGAGGGUCUAGUGGCGCCGUGGCAGCCCGAAGAGCGAGCGAUGCGGCGUGCCAUUCAGGCCGUUAUUGUUGUGUUAGAGGAGUUUGGCAAGCGUCGACCAGGAGUCGAGCGAUUGGCGGAAUCGUUCCGCAAUCAGAGUACUACGAUCUUUAGCCAUUUCGCAUACCAGCAGGAGCAGCAACAGCAACAACAGCAGCAACAACAGCAGCAACAACAGCAGCAACAGCAGCAGCAGCAACAACAGCAGCAACAGCAGCAGCAACAACAGCAGCAACAGCAACAACAUCUCAUCCAACCCCCACAUCCGCCUCCACCUUUGUUGGCUCCGGAGCAGUCUCUGCCUCUUCAGCCGCAGCAUGUUUUGAUGGCGCCGCCGGUACCCAUGGCACCGAAUAGAGCCAGGGUUACCCCGCUAGAUAACAUGGAACCCCUCAUUUGUUCCCUCUUUGUCAUAUCUUCUAACUUUUCUAUCUAUUAUCCCCAUUACCGCCGCCGUCACAUCUCUCGCUAUCUGAUUUUCUUCGACAUGGCCAAGCAGCUGGCACGAACUCAAGUCUUCCACGGCACACUAAUCCAUACCAUCAGUUCAACGGAGCUGGUGAUCCUCACCGACACGGUGAUCAUUGUCAACCCGACCGGCAUCAUCCAGGGUAUCCACCCGUCCACGCCAGCCGCCACCAUUUCACAACUGCUGGUGCAGCAUCACGACCUGAAUCCACCUACGUAUCGCUUGACCAUCCUUGGUCCGACUGAAUUUCUCAUCCCCGGCUUCAUCGACACUCACACACACGCUCCACAGUGGGCCCAGCGCGGCACUGGCCGAGGCAUUCCUCUCUUACAAUGGCUGGAGGAGAUCACGUUCCCCCACGAAGCUAAAUUGGCCGACCCACACUAUGCACGAUGGCUCUACUCCGUCUGCGUCCGAGGGGGCCUCCAGCAGGGCGUCACGACCGCCUGUUAUUAUGGGUCGCGUCACGCCGAGGCGUCCGUGAUUCUAGCUGAAAUCUGUCUCGCUCAAGGCCAACGUGCAUUGAUAGGCAAAUGCAACAUGAAUCGCCACGCCCCAGACUGGUACCGCGAUAGCUCCGUUGCUGAAUCGAUCACAGACACGGAAACGUUCAUCCGAAAAGUCCGGGAUCUGGACCCUGGCCACGAGCUAGUCACUCCGGUGAUCACGCCCCGAUUCGCCAUCAGCUGCGAGGAGCAGCUUCUCCACGAGCUGGGACAGCUCGCAGCCCGCAACCCUGACCUGCCGAUUCAAACCCAUUUCAACGAGUCCCGCGGCGAGGUGGAGUUUACACGCACCCUAUUCCCCAAUGACACGAGUGAGACGGAGCUCUACGAACGGCUGGGGCUUCUCAACGAACGCAGCAUCCUCGCCCAUGCCAUCUACCCAGGCGAGGCGGAGAUCAACCGGAUGGCGCAGUUGAACUGCGGGAUCGCCCACUGCCCGAUCCCGAACGUGACGAUGGAUGUAUUCAUGGUGGCCCCAGUGCGAGAGUAUCUGCGGCGGGAUAUCAAGAUCGGCCUGGGGACCGACUGCGGUGGGGGGUAUUCAAGCUCGAUGCUGGAGGUGAUGAAGGCCGCGUUUGUAGUCUCGACCGCCGGAUGUACCAUGACGCAGGGACGCGAUGAACCGUUGACUCUCACGGAAGGGUUCUACAUGGCCACCUUAGGGGGCGCGCGAGUCUGUGGGCUCGACGGAAAGGUGGGGAACUUCCUCGUUGGCAAGGAAUUCGAUGCGUUGCUGGUGAGGACAAAGACGGGUAUCAUGGCGCCGGUGGAGGAAACCGAUGAUGUAAGGACGGUGUUUGAGAAGUUUCUCAUGACAGGCGAUGACCGCAAUAUUAUGCAGGUCUUUGUCAAAGGCAGGAGAGUUCAUGUACUUUAA